AUGCGUUCCACCAUCCUCUUGCCUUUCCUAGGCCUCAUGAGCAAGGCCUUUGCCGCUCCCAUUGACAUAAUUUUGAAUCCUCGCGCAGUAGUCGCCCACGAUUCCCUGAGUCCUCUCCCCACGAGAGUUCAGAACAAUGGUAUCGGCAAAUCCAUCGUACGAUUCAACCCGCUUCUUCAUAUUGCUCACGGUUGCCAACCGUACCCGGCUGUCAACGAUGCCGGAGACACAAGGUGGGCUCCUAUAAGGUCACUUCAAGGCUACACGAGGCUAAUGUUGGGAACAAGUGGCGGCCUAAGUCCAACCGGUACUUCCAGCGGUGGCUGUAGAGACACCAGCAAGGGCCAGACCUACGCGAGAGGCGCAUGGUAUAGAGGCAAGUACGCCAUCUUGUACGCAUGGUUCUUCCCGAAAGACCAGCCAAUCAAUGGCGUAUUCAUCGGCUCGCACAGAUUCGACUGGGAGAGCGCGAUUCUCUUGCUCAACAACCCGGAAGUCGCGAACCCGACGAUCCUGGGUGCAGCGGCCUCGGGCCACGGCAACUACAAGAAGUCGACUAAUCCGCCAUACCAGAAUGAUAGCAUAAAGGUGGAAUACUUUACAGAAUAUUUGCUGAACCAUGCGCUCCAAUUCACGGAUACUGUCGGCCGUACGUACCCGGUCCUUGACUGGGACGCCAUGCCGAAGGCUAUGCGCAAUGCUCUCAGCAACACUGACUUUGGCGACGCAAACGUGCCUUUCAUUCCCGCGAACUUUUUCAACAAUCUCGACAAGGGAUUCAUUUAG